CUGUUUAUGUGGCGGGGUCCUCAAGUUACAACAUUCCCAACUCGUUCGGUGAGCUGUCCUAAACAGCUGCUGCUGAAGUUUACAGAAGCGCAGUUUUCAUCGGUUUCUGCAGUUUUUUUGCGUUGUAGUUAGAGGCGGAAGAGCAUGGAUGUGUUCAGGGUGUUUGUGGCUUUUUUAUCACUGUGCGUGUCUGUGAUCAGCGCUUUUUCUCAGUCUCUGGACAGCGACUUUACAUUCACUCUCCCUGCCGGUCGUAAAGAGUGUUUCUACCAGAGUAUGAAGAAAGAGGGUUCACUGGAAAUCGAGUAUCAGGUUUUGGAUGGAGCGGGUUUAGAUGUAGACUUCUACUUGUAUGCACCUAAUGGUGACAUAUUGGCCACUGACGACAGAAAGUCUGAUGGGGUUCACACCGUGGAAGCAGAAGAUGGAGACUACAUGUUCUGUUUUGAUAACACAUUCAGUUCUGUUUCUGAGAAAAUUAUCUUCUUUGAGUUGAUUUUGGACAAUAUGGAUAACGGAGAGGACCCUGAGGACUGGAAGGCAUAUGUACAGGGAACAGACCUUCUGGACAUGAAGCUUGAAGAUAUCAUGGAAUCCAUCAACAGCGUGAAAGCCCGUUUGGGCAAGAGUCUUCAGAUCCAGACGUUGCUGAGAGCCUUUGAAGCGCGUGACCGCAACCUGCAAGAAAGCAAUUACGAAAGGGUUAACCUGUGGUCCUGUACCAACCUUGUUGUCAUGGUGAUCGUAUCUUGUGUCCAGGUCUACUUGUUACGCAGUCUAUUCGACGACAAGAGGAAAAUGCGCACAUAGGCUGCUGCAACUGACUGAAAAAUCUCUGACUGUCCCUAAUUUUCUGCUCUAUCCUUGGUUAUCGCUCAACAAAGUGUCCUUGGACUGAUGAUAGAUGGAGUCUCUCCUCUGCACACCUUUUCACUUUUAUAUCCGUCUUGUUACGAUAAAGACAAUCAUAUUUUACUUGAGUCAGGCACUCUUACUGAUAAAAUGAGACAUUGAAGUUGAUCUUUAAGUUGCUGCUAUGUGUGACACAGAUCUCACCAGGUGUAUGACUUCUAAGAUGUUUUUAAUGAUAAAUCAGAUUACUAAUAGUUUUCUGUUUUUGUAUGACAUCAUGUUUUAUAGAUUGUAAAUCCAUACUGACUUGUUCACUGUAUAAAGUGUAGUUACUGAAUUUUUGGCACUGAUAAUACACUGAUAUGCAGCAUAUUUCAGGUUUUUUGUAACGAGCAAUUUAACUAUUUUGAAAUUAAACUGACGUGAAGCGUU